GAUACGAACGAUGCUUGCAAACCCCAAAGAAUCUUCAAACCGGGAAUCUUAACGCUACAUUCCCACCCAAACGCGAACAACAACGCGCGUCGAUUCUUACACUCUCUUGUGAACAUUUGCAUUGUCGCAGUCAAGGCAAAGCGUAAAACCCUAAAUUCUCUCACACUUUCGUCGGAAUCUGAUUUCGUUUUUCCGCUAUAAGAUGACGGCCAAGGACGACGGCUCCGACAAGGAGAAGUACGUUGAUCUAUUUUUAAAGAUUGGCUUAGACGAACGCACCGCUCGUAACACCGUCGCCAACAACAAAGUCACCUCCAAUCUUACUUCCGUCAUUAACGAGGCUGGCGUUACCGAUGGCUGUAGCCGAACAAUAGGAAUUCUUCUUUACACGGUUGCAACGAAGUACCCUGGGAAUGCCUUGCCUCAUCGCCCAACGUUGCUACAAUACAUUGUUUCGUCAAAGGUGAAAACAAUGUCACAGUUAGAUGCAGCAUUUUAUUUUCUUGGUAGCACGGGUUUGGAGAAGCUUGAUUUGAACAAGUUUGAAGAAGCUUGUGGUGUUGGUAUUGAGGUUACAAUGGAAGAUAUUGAACGAACUGUUAAUGAAGUUAUUGAGGGGAACAUGGCUACAAUUUUAGAGCUACGCUAUCGAAUGAAUGUGGGUGAAUUGCUUGGGCAAGUGCGGAAGAGGAUGCCAUGGGCUGAUGCAAAAAUCGCCAAGCAUCUUGUUGAUGUGAAAUUAUAUGAACUGCUUGGUGAUCGGACGGAAGCCGAUGAUGAAAAGCCUUCCAGAAAGAAGAAGGAGAAACCUGCUAAAGAAAAGGCAGCACCUGUUGCUACGCCUGGAAAGGCACCUGAAGAAGAUCUUAAUCCAUAUUUGAUAUUCCCUAAUCCAGAGGAAAAUUUAAAGGUACAUACUGAAGUACCUUUUAGUGAUGGUAGUAUUCUGAGAUGUUGCAAUUCAAAGGUGCUUCUUGACAAACACUUGAAAGCAACAGGUGGAAAAGUUUUGACCCGCUUUCCACCCGAACCAAAUGGAUAUUUGCAUAUUGGUCAUGCAAAAGCAAUGUUUAUUGAUUUUGGAUUGGCAAAAGACAGGGAUGGAGGCUGCUAUCUGAGGUAUGAUGAUACAAAUCCUGAAGCAGAGAAGAAAGAGUAUAUUGAUCACAUUGAAGAAAUCGUCCAGUGGAUGGGUUGGAAACCGUUCAAGAUUACAUAUACAAGUGACUACUUUCAAGAAUUGUAUGAAUUAGCAGUGGAGCUCAUAAAAAGGGGUCAUGCAUAUGUUGAUCAUCAGACACCUGAUGAAAUAAAGGAGUAUAGGGAGAAGAAAAUGAACAGUCCUUGGAGAGACAGACCAAUUUCAGAGUCAUUGAAACUGUUUGAGGAUAUGAAACGUGGUCUUAUAGAAGAAGGAAAAGCCACACUUAGAAUGAAGCAAGACAUGCAGAGUGAUAACUACAAUAUGUAUGACCUUAUUGCAUAUCGAAUUAAGUUUACUCCACACCCUCAUGCUGGAGACAAAUGGUGUAUCUAUCCAAGUUAUGAUUAUGCUCACUGCAUUGUGGACUCUCUUGAGAAUAUCACUCAUUCACUGUGUACACUUGAAUUUGAGACGCGUCGUGCAUCGUAUUAUUGGUUGUUGCAUGUGUUGGGCAUUUACCAACCUUAUGUUUGGGAAUAUUCGAGGUUGAAUGUCUCUAACACAGUUAUGUCAAAGCGUAAGCUAAAUCGUCUAGUUACAGAGAAGUGGGUUGAUGGGUGGGAUGAUCCUCGUUUGAUGACACUAGCUGGUUUGCGGCGUAGAGGCAUGACUCCAACUGCUAUCAAUGCUUUUGUCCGAGGAAUUGGAAUCACUAGAAGUGAUGGCACUUUAAUUUCUGUGGAACGCCUUGAAUAUCAUGUUAGGGAAGAGUUGAACAGAACAGCACCUCGUGCAAUGGUUGUCCUAAAUCCCCUCAAGGUUGUUAUUACUAAUCUUGAAGCCAACUCAGCAAUUGAGGUUGAUGCAAAGAAAUGGCCUGAUGCUCAAGCUGAUGAAGCAUCUGCAUUCUACAAGAUUCCAUUUUCCAAUGUUGUAUACAUUGAACGUUCAGAUUUUCGAAUGCAAGAUUCGAAAGAUUAUUAUGGUCUUGCUCCUGGAAAAUCUGUGAUACUCAGAUAUGCAUUUCCUAUAAAGUGCACUGAAGUUAUUCUGGCUGAUGAUAAUGAGACUGUUCUUGAAAUUCGGGCUGAGUAUGAUCCUUCAAAGAAGACAAAACCUAAGGGUGUUCUCCAUUGGGUUUCUGAACCAUCUCCUGGAGUUGAUCCAUUACAGGUCGAAGUCAGGUUGUUUGAGAGGCUAUUCCUAUCAGAGAAUCCUGCUGAACUUGAUAACUGGCUUGGCGAUUUAAACCCCAAUUCCAAAGUGAUAAUUCCGAAUGCAUAUGGUGUAUCCUCACUCCAGGAUGCGAAAGUUGGGAACAAUUUCCAAUUUGAAAGAUUAGGUUAUUUUGUGGUCGAUCAGGACUCUACUGCAGAAAAACUUGUUUUUAAUAGGACUGUCACAUUAAAGGACAGCUACGGUAAGGGUGGAAAGUAGGGUUCAUAAAUGUCAGAUUAUAAUUAAAAUCAAGGUGGCACUGGCAGUUCGGCUGGGGUAAUACUUCUUCCAAUAGUUACUUAUAAUCCAUAGAAUCAUAUUUUUGGGGGUAUGUACAAACGCAGUUACUGGUCACUUAUCGUUGGUACAUUUAUGGGCCUAAUCAAUUGUUCCUCAGUUCUUUAAUUACUUUUGGUUGGUUUUGUAGUUUGAAGAUUAUAUUUGUUUACUCUUGGUAAAGUAGUGUCAACAUCUCUUUUAUUAUCCUACCACGUUACACCAUUUGGAUCCCAAGAGUGUACAGAUUCUACAGAAUGUGUUAACGAAUCAUUUCCCUUUCGUAAACAUGCAUUUAACUGAAAAUCAAGCCUAGUUUUUGUUCUGUUUUCAUGUUUGUGAUUACAGUGAUAUGUAUUCACUUCAAAUGUUAGAUUCAGGAUUAUUGUCUGUAUAAUUGAAUAUUGAUAUACAAUAUAUGUAUUAUCAUGAACAGGUUGAGUCGUAUACAUCCAUAGUUGUCAGCUCCCAUGUAUUCUCGUUUUCAUAAAUAUAAUAAUAGAUAAGAUAGAAAUCUAAAAUUAGAUGGAUUCUUAACUAUGGUGGAGAUUGGAUGUCUAAAUCUAUUUUUUUAAGUGAAAAUAGAUUCGAUUAAGUGAAUUUUGUUUAAAAUUAUUAUUAUUACAAAAAUAAGACUGGAUCUUUGGUUUUUCCAGCAACUGGAGAGUAUUCAUAUUCCAUUUCCAUUCAUGAUCUAAAAUACUAUUCCUUGUUUCCUUUCAAAUCAAAUAUAUAGUGCGGAUAAGGUCCCGCAAUAAAUAGAUUAGUGCCCUCUGCGGAAUGAUUAAUGAAUCCUCCAAUGUCAUGUAAAAAGUUUAUGAUUAUCGUGGAUCACAUGUUCGUAAGGAUAGGGAGACAUUAUUUUUAUUGUCAGAGGUGCUGUAAAAAUUUAUCAUGAGGAUUCUUUUGUCGAUUUUCAGAUUCUCUGUAGUCAACUUAUAUGUAAUCACUCCUUUAGAUCAUGAUCUAAGGGUUUAACUUUUUUAUUCUCAUUAAUUUUAUUAAAUUUUAACAAUAAAAUAAAGGGUUGAAAUUUAUGAC